UUCCCUGCCUAGACUCUCCACUGAGGGGUUUGGCACCAGCACCCCGCCCAGAGCAGUGCCGCUGCCCAAAUCCUCGCAGGCAGCUCAUCAACGCAAUUGCAACUCCGGCUGGAGUCCCGGACCUGCAAGCCUGGGUGUCCGUGGGUCCGUCUGCCCGGCCAUCUGCUGGUGGCACCUCUCCCUCCUGCCGCCUCCCUUGGUGAACCCCACCUUGCAGAAGUGCAGCUCGCCCAGAGCAGCCCAGGAGCUCAGCAUGCAUCCCCCAGGCUUCAGGAACUUCUUGCUGCUGGCGUCCUCCCUUCUCUUUGCUGGAUUGUCAGCUGUUCCUCAAAGCUUCUCGCCAUCUCUGAGGAGCUGGCCGGGCGCCGCCUGCAGGCUGUCCCGGGCCGAGUCGGAGCGCCGCUGCCGCGCACCUGGGCAGCCUCCGGGGGCCGCGCUGUGCCACGGCCGGGGCCGCUGCGACUGCGGCGUCUGCAUCUGCCAUGUGACUGAGCCGGGCAUGUUCUUCGGGCCCCUAUGUGAAUGCCACGAAUGGGUGUGCGAGACCUACGACGGGAGCACCUGUGCAGGCCAUGGUAAGUGUGACUGUGGCAAGUGCAAGUGUGACCAGGGAUGGUAUGGGGAUGCUUGCCAGUACCCAACUCACUGUGACUUGACAAAGAAGAAAAGUAACCAAAUGUGCAAGAAUUCACAAGACAUCAUCUGCUCUAAUGCAGGUACAUGUCACUGUGGCAGGUGUAAGUGUGAUAAUUCAGAUGGAAGUGGACUUGUGUAUGGUAAAUUUUGUGAGUGUGACGAUAGAGAAUGCAUAGAUGAUGAAACAGAAGAAAUAUGUGGAGGCCAUGGGAAGUGUUACUGUGGAAACUGCUACUGCAAGGCUGGUUGGCAUGGAGAUAAAUGUGAAUUCCAGUGCGAUAUCACCCCCUGGGAAAGCAAGCGAAGAUGCACAUCUCCAGAUGGCAAAAUCUGCAGUAACAGAGGGACUUGUGUAUGUGGUGAAUGUACCUGUCACGAUGUUGAUCCAACUGGGGACUGGGGAGAUAUUCAUGGGGACACCUGUGAGUGCGAUGAAAGGGACUGUAGAGCUGUCUAUGACCGAUAUUCUGAUGACUUCUGUUCAGGUCAUGGACAGUGUAAUUGUGGACGAUGUGACUGCAAAGCAGGCUGGUACGGGAAGAAGUGUGAGCACCCACAGUCCUGCACUCUGUCGCCUGAGGAGAGCAUCAGGAAGUGCCAGGGAAGCUCUGAUCUGCCUUGCUCUGGGAGGGGUAAAUGUGAAUGUGGCAAAUGCACCUGCUACCCUCCAGGAGAUCGCCGGGUGUAUGGCAAGACUUGUGAGUGUGAUGAUCGCCGCUGUGAAGACCUCGAUGGUGUGGUCUGUGGAGGCCACGGCACAUGUUCCUGUGGUCGCUGCAUUUGUGAGAGAGGAUGGUUUGGAAAGCUCUGCCAACAUCCACGGAAGUGUAACAUGACGGAAGAACAAAGCAAGAAUCUGUGUGAAUCAGCAGAUGGCAUAUUGUGCUCGGGGAAGGGUUCUUGUCAUUGUGGGAAGUGCAUUUGUUCUGCUGAAGAAUGGUAUAUUUCUGGGGAAUUCUGUGACUGUGAUGACAGAGACUGCGACAAACAUGAUGGUCUCAUUUGUACAGGGAAUGGAAUCUGUAGCUGUGGAAACUGUGAAUGCUGGGAUGGAUGGAAUGGAAAUGCAUGUGAAAUCUGGCUUGGCUCAGAAUAUCCUUAACAAUUACACGAGAGAGGAUAACUUACUGGAAACCUGAGGUCAUGCAAAGAAUUCAAGAAGAGAAAUACUGUGAUAAAAUGGCACCAAUCUCAGAAGCUCACAAAGGACCAAAAAAAAAAAAAAAAAAUCUAGAAAUGGCUUAAAUAGAAAUUACAAAUAUUCACUCAGUGAUAGGAACAAAAUGUUUAUUUUCUUUAUGGUGAAACUUUGCUUUGUAUGAAAUUCACAUUGAAUUAUGAAAGUGUACAAUAAUUGGGACUUCCCUUACAUAUUUACAGGUAAAUCUACUUAUACACAUUAGUUUAGGCAACCUGUAAUUAUUUAGAGCUAAAAAAACCACUUUUUUUCUAAAGGUGAAUUAUUUUGUAAAAUCCUAGAAUAAUGUAGCAAAAUCAUUUCCGUAUUACUUUAAAAUGAAAAUUUUUACUUGGAAAUUUUAUUUUAAUGAUGUAAAUAUUCUAGAGUCAUGGCUUAAACUUUAUAAGUCAAAUUUCCAAAAAUAAGGAAAAUAUGCAUCCACUGAGUUACUUAAAAAUUUAAUAUUGAAAAUUAUUUUAAGAGAACAUUUAACUGAUGCUGAGUUUUAUAGUCCUAACAAUGUUCUCAUAAUGUAAUAGAUUUAUAAAAUUGUUAUCUCUAUCCUGAGAUUAAGGAGUGCAACCAUAUUGUAGUUCUAUUAUUAUGUAAAUUGAUAUAUCUUUUUUGUAAAAUGAGGGAAAUAUAAGUAGUCAAUAAAUAAUGUAGGUUAUAUUCUUUCCUCUUCACUACCUUAACAUUUUAAGCUGCAAACAACCUAUUAUUAUUGUUUCGUAGCAAUUUUGAUGACGUAUUUGCUGAUGCACAGACAUUGGAAUUCAUUAUUUUAUCUAGCUAUCGUAAUACAAAUGACCUUUGGAUUUCCCUACCACAGCGGUUGUCCUCCCAUCAAGGACCAGAAAGUUAAACUUUAUGGACCACAUACAUCCCUGUCUCAUAUUCUUCUUUGUUGGUUUCUGUUUAAUACUUUAAAGCUGUAAAAAAAUAAAAAUUCCUUCUGAGCUCCCAGGCCGUACAAAAACAAAUUAAGGGUGGAUUUGGCUAGCAGCUGGGCAGUACUUUGUCACCCUCAGCACCACUGGAACUGUCCUUGAUUCUCUACGGCUCAUCAGAAAACCUCAGGUGUGUCUUAUUUUUCUUAUAAUCCUCUGUAUGUUAUUAUCCUUUUUAUUAACAACAACAACUACAACAAAAGUGCUGCUCUUUUUCAUAGUCUCAUGUAAGAGUGUCAAAAAUGUCCUCAGCAUUUGUUUUUUCAGAAAAAGAAUUUAGAUAUUGGAGAAAUUAUCAUACCAUAAAGUUCAAAAUGUGACUCAUCUAAAAUUUAGGACAAAGAUGAAAAUAGGCCGGGCAUGGUGGCUCAUGCCUGUAAUCCCAGCACUUUGGGAGGCCAAGGCAGGUGUGUCAUGAGGUCAGGAGUUCAAGACCAGCCUGGCCAAGAUGGUGAAACUCCAUCUCUACUAAAAGUUCAAAGAUGAAAAUAUAGUCAGCUCUGUUCUAGUGUUCAUUUAGUUGGAAACCAUAGUACUGGAACUGUAUUAUAGCAUAAGUUUCAUGGUACCUAAACUCUAAGGAAUGCUUUUUCUUUGAAAAUAGAAAUAUUUUAUUUUUACUUAUUUCUAUCCCCUAUGUUUCUUUGUGUGUAUGUGUGUGUUUGUGUGUGUAUGUGUGGUUUUGAUGCCAGCAAUGCAAACACCAAUAUAUCUGUUAAGAAGUGAUUGAAUUUAGAUUGGAAAAAACAAAAUAGUUACAUGUAAAGACGUAGACUCUUUCCUUUUUAAAUAUGAUUUUGUACUUUUUCAACUCUACGAUAGAAACUCCCUCCUAGAAACAAGCAGGGCAAGAACAAACUUGUCAUGGGUGAGAGAAAAGAAGCAAAUCUCAUUGGCUUUUUCCUGUUUUUAGGAAGCUGCUGUGGGAUUAAUGUCAAUUGGAAGAGAUGCAACAAGUUUAGAGAAGGUGUUGGCACUAACCCUGCUUGUUUGGCAAAUCAUCACUGAGGUAUUCUACCCAAUUCCUUUUUCAAAAAAGUCAACUAAAGUGCUAAGUCAUGAGAGGAGAGCCAUUAUACCCUUGUCUUUCUGGGCUCCUUGAGUUUAUCUGGAUUCCAACAGCACUUUGGAAGUACUGCCCUCCAGUACUUCAGAUGCAAAUACAAUCUCUGCCAGUAGAUAUUGGAAUUAGACUUAGUGAAAACCAAGAAAAAAAAAAACUAAAAUAUAACUCAGGCUUAGUUUGCAGACUCAACUGUCAACACUUUGAAACCCUACUCCGUAUUCAAGAGAGUGAAAGGCCCUAUGUGUCACAUUGUAGGCUAAGAAACCUAAGCUAUGACUACUAUUUCCCUCAAAGUAAGACAAUGUACAUCCCGGAUUUUGAUAUGCCUGCAUUUUGGAAAAAAAAUAUUGAGGAUUUAGCCCGAUCGCUUUCCCUCAAUAUAGCCUUGUUCUGAACUAAAAUGGAAAAAAAAAUUUCAAUUAUUUUUUCAUCUUCGUCUCAACUGAAUGUUAGUCAAUGUGGUCUCUUCUUGAUUAUGUAUCAAAUAUUAAUGAUCCAUAUAAUAUUAGGGGGAUAAUUUUAAAUGAAGUGAUACAUGUCUAACUUAAAGAAUAAGAAGUUUUUGGUUUUUGCUUUUAAAGACAACCAAAUCUGAUAUUGUUCAUCCUGAUAAAAAUAACUUUUAGUGCUUAAAGCAUUAAGCAAGUGGCUAGGUAUGAUAAAGAAUCUCCGCUUGCUCCCCAAGAGGCAAACUAUUAGAAGAACUGGAGCAGGAGUCCUUUGGACCCAUUGUGUAUCUCUUUAAGCCACUCCUACCCAAAAACAUUCAGGACAAGCAAACAUUUAGAGCAGGAAUCUCCAAAUUCUUCAGGAUUUGUAAUGAAAUAAUGCUCAGUUCCAUUUUGCUCUUUACAUAGGGUGGAGAAUUUGCAUGUCUUCUCUAAUUUUUCCAAGUAAAGUGGUAGCAAAAUGUUUUAAAAAGCAAUCUUAUGUUAGAAAACAAAAAUGUUGUCACUUGAAAUAUCAAAACAAUUGACAUUUCCGAGCAUUGUUGACGGACUGGCAAAGCAAUCAGCGACUAUAACAAAUCAGUAGAAAUAACCCUCCCACACCAGAUAUGCAUGCAGAAGGAAUGGAGUAUUAUAGAGACUUGAUACAAUGGACAUAUGCACAUGGAGGUACAAAACACACGGUCUUUAAAUACAAAUGAAUUCCAUCAGAUUUACUAUACGGAACAUCAGUAGUGACAGAUUGCACUUACUUAAUAACAGCAAACUUAAUUUCUGAGGGGAAAAAAUGGUGAAGUCUUAUCCCAAACAAAUAGCAAGAGAGGUAUCAUCAAAGAGCUAAAAUUUUCUUUGGCAUGGUAAAGGGGGAAAUUGAGUUUACCAACUUAUUUACAUGACAUUUCUCUAUAGUGGUGGGUAAUGCAAUGCCAUUUUGUUACAUAAAGUUGUUUGAUGUUUUUGAAUAUGCCUUCAUAUAAAUAUUUUAUUCAAUAUGUUGUAUUUGUGAAUACAACAAAUGAUAUUAAACACAGAAACUGUACAAUGCAGACAAACUCUUUGUAUGCAAAUUAGCAAUACAUACCAACAGUUCUUGAUACACAGGUACCUACUACAUGCAGCUCAUCAGUGCUGUCCUCUUCCCAUGCAACAGCUGAGACCAGACACAAAGUAAAUGACCUAACUCAGUUACAAAUAACAAGGACCCCUCUGCAAUAUGUCUAAACAUAUAUUAGAAGAAAGUAUUUGACAUCCUUCAUAGGGAUAAAUGCCCUUAUAGACACCCCGUAUAUAAAACACAACAGAGAUACACAUUUACAUAAAUCUCAGUCAUUUACAAAAAUAAAUCUUAUCUUAAUUUAAACCAAUAAACAGACUUGCAGGGGACAAAGAAACCAGCAAGUAGGGCUGAUUAUCAGUCACAAAAACAGCUGGGGCUGUUUGCUGUGUGUGUGCGUGUGUGUGUAUGUGUGUGUGAUGUGUUGCUGUAAGUAGUGUCUAUAAGCCCAUUUGAUUGGAUUACAAGUUUAUUACUCAUAGUUGGCCACAUAUAUUAUGGGAUAUAUGUUUUCUGAAAAUAAUUGGUUAAUGGAAGUUAUUUUAACUGAUCCUGUUAAAAAACAAUAGGCUUCAAAAUGACAUAACACCAAAUCAAAAAUGACCAAAGGAAUCAUUUUGUUAUAUUUGUAGUUUAGCAUCAUUGACAAUAAAUCUACUCAAACAUU